AUGAACCUCAGUCACCUUCUCCCAGGGGGGACCCUCUACGCCACCACUGGGUGGGGAGUGGGGCAAUGUGGUAUAGACACCUCCUUAUUCUGUCCAGGGAUCAGCAGUGUGAAUCAGCUAGGGGGACUCUUUGUGAAUGGCCGGCCCCUGCCCCUGGACACCCGCCAGCAGAUUGUGAGGCUAGCCAUCAGUGGGAUGCGGCCCUGUGACAUCUCCCGGAGCCUUAAGGUAUCUAAUGGCUGUGUGAGCAAGAUCCUCAGGCGAUAUUAUCGCACAGGUGCCUUGGAGGCCAAGGGUAUUGGGGGCAGCAAACCACGUCUGGCCACACGCCCUGUGGUAGCUCGAAUCGCCCAGCUGAAGGGUGAGUGCCCGACCCUGUUUGCCUGGGAGAUCCAGCGCCAGCUGUGUGCUGAAGGGCUUUGCACCCAGGACAAGACUCCCAGUGUCUCCUCCAUCAACCGAGUCCUUCGAGCACUACAGGAGGACCAGGGGCUGCCCUGGGCACAGCUCCGGCCGCCAGUUGUUUUGGCACCAGCUCUGCCCACUCCUCAUUGUGGCUUUGAGACUCCCCGGGGUCCCCACCCAGGGACCGGCCACCGGAAUCGGACUAUCUUCUCCCCAGGCCAAGCGGAGGCACUCGAGAAAGAGUUCCAGCGUGGGCAGUAUCCUGAUGCAGUGGCCCGUGGAAAGCUGGCUGCUGCCACUUCCCUCCCUGAGGACACAGUGAGGGUCUGGUUUUCUAACCGAAGAGCCAAAUGGCGCAGGCAAGAGAAACUCAAGUGGGAAACACAGCUGCCAGGUAGUUCGCAGGGUCUGUCGGAACCAGGUGCUUCUCCAGGAACCAUCAUGGUACAGCAGCUUCCUGGCAGUGUGUCUCCAGCAGCCCUCCAUGCCCCGGACACCUUGGGGCCUUCCUGCUAUCAAGUGUACUGGGGUACAACACCAGACAAGUGUUUGAGUGGCAGCCCACCCCAAGCCUGGCUUGAGUCCUGUUGGGGCUGCUUGCCCCCAGAGCUGAGUUCCCUGGACCCUGCUCAGCUUUGCCAUCCUUGCUCCUCCUGCCCCUGCCCUGCUGCCAGUCUUGGUGGCCCCAAAGCCCUGCUCUUGCCUGGCUCCCCACCACUGUAG